AUGAUUUUUCGUGCAGAUCGCUCAAGUGACAAGCGAAGAUAUAACAUUCCUAAUAUAGAUGAAGUAGCUAUGAUUUUUACAAAUGAUGAUGGUGAACCCCCAUUUAAACGGGAUAUCAAGGUCUAUCCUCGAGUUGAUGGUAGUGAUCUGAUAAAUAUAAAUAUAUUAAGCCCUAAUCUUGAUCCAAUCGUAUAUCCUCUAUUAUUUUCUUUUGGUGACCCUGGUUGGAAACCAGAUUUAAAGGGUGAAGAUACAGGGCGUACAAGGGCAAAUAUCUCACUACAGUUUAAAAUAUUUAGAUUAGUAAUUCGUGAAAAUGAAUUCAACCCAAUCCUUUUUGCUGGGAAAUUAUCACAACAAUAUAUUGUUGAUUCCUAUUUACAGGUCGAGGCGAAUAAUUUAAAUUUUAUUAGACAAAAUCAGCCAAAAUUACGAGUAGAUGAAUAUUCUGGAUUAAUGGACUACUUGGAAACAAAGUCAAACAAUAUAAUUCCCGGCAAAGCAGUAAUAUUACCAUCAUCUUUUCAAGGUUCUCAAAGAAAUAUGCGAGAACGCUAUCACGAUGCAAUGGCCAUUGUGCUCAAAUUUGGCAAACCUGAUUUGUUUAUUACUUUUACAUGCAAUCCUAAUUGGCGUGAAAUUAAGGAAAAUCUAUUUCCCGGGCAAAGUCCUACAGAUAGACCAGAUUUAAUAGCCCGUGUUUUUAAAUUGAAAUUAAAUGAAUUAUUGUUCGAUAUAAAUAAAAAAAAUUUAUUUGGUAAAUCUAUGGCUUUUAUAUAUACAAUCGAGUUCCAAAAAAGAGGUUUGCCUCAUGCCCAUAUACUUAUUAUUUUAAACGAUGAUAGCAAAAUUGAAACAUCUCAAGCUAUAGAUAAAUUUGUUUGUGCCAAAAUGCCAGAUAAAAUUCUCGAUCCUAAACUUUUUCAAAUUGUUACCCAUUUUAUGAUACAUGGUCCUUGCGGGAUAUUUAACCCCAAAUCGCCUUGCAAGGAAAAUGGCAUAUGUACCAAAAAAUUUCCGAAGGAUUUUCAAAUGGAAACAAGACCAAAUAUUGUUGGGUAUCCAUAUUAUAAAAGGCGAGAUAAUGGUAUUACAAUUCUUUCCGGUAAACCUACGGAUAAUCGUUAUGUUAUUCGUUAUAAUCGAUAUCUGAUGUUAAAAUUCAAUGCUCAUAUUAACGUGGAAAUUUGUACAUCUAUUAAAUCGGUAAAAUAUAUCUUUAAGUAUAUUUAUAAGGGCUAUGACUGUACUAAUGUUGACAUUAAUGUUGCUUCAAAUAUAAAUAUUCAUGACGAAAUUAAAUCACAUUUAAAUGCGCGAUAUGUGAGUGCAUGUGAACCAAUGUGGAGAUUAUUAGAAAAUAAUAUGCAUGACCGCUCGCACGCAGUUAUUCGCUUAGGAAUUCAUUUACCUUUACAACAGCCAGUAUAUUUCACUGCUGGACAUGAAAGAGAUGCUUUAUUGAGAUCAGAAAAUAAACAUACUACUUUAACGGCAUGGUUUGAGUCAAAUAAGACAGAUCUAAAUGCUAGACAAUAUCUUUAUGGGGAAAUACCUUAUCAUUAUGUGUUUACAAAUUACCAUUGGAAACUAAGAAAAAAACGAUUAAAUGUAAUUUCGAGAAUGUAUUCCGUUCAUCCUAAUUCUGGUGAACGAUUCUUCCUUCAAUUAUUAUUACUUCAUGUUUGCGGGGCUACAAGUUUUGAUUAUUUAAAAACUAUUAAUGGAAUUUUAAUGAGUACUUUUAAAGAGGCAGCUAUUAAAAGAAAUUUGUUAUCAGAUGAUAAAGAGUGGGAAUCAUGCUUAGAAGAGGGAUCAAUAUAUCAAAUGCCGUUACAACUUCGGAGUACUUUUGCCUUAAUCUGCAUUUUUUGUCAGCCUGAAAAUCCUGCAUAUCUAUGGAAUAGGUUCAGAUUUAUGAUGAUUGAAGAUUAUUUGCGUCAAUAUUCAGAAGUAAUUGCAAUAAACAUGGCUUUAAUGGACAUUGAAAACGUUUUUCUUGAUCAUGGUUUAUGCUGUCAAAGUUUUAAUCUUCCUUCACCUACAAAAAUCCCCCCAAAACAACAUUAUGAUGCCCAUGUUGAAGCUGCCGAUUCAAUCGAGCGUAUAUCUAAAUUAAACCGAUUACAAAAAUAUGCUUUUGAUUUAAUUAUACAAGCGAUUGAAUUAGAAAAUAUUCCAGAAAGAUAUUUCUUCGUGGAUGGCCCUGGAGGUUCAGGUAAAACGUAUCUUUACAAUACCUUAAUGUGUUAUAUAAGAGCAAAAAAUCAAAUUGUAUUGCCUUUUACAACCACCGGCAUAUCCUCUAUUCUUUUAAAGGGGGGAAGAACCAUCCAUAGCGGAUUUAAAUUACCUGUGCCUAUCUUUGAAACUUCUACAUCCCAUAUGAAUUUACAUAGUUCGUUAGCUCUAGAUAUUAAAAAUAGCAAAUUGAUUAUUAUUGAUGAGGCCACAAUGAUGACUAAACACGCUUUGCGAUGCAUUGACCGAUUACUUAAAGACAUUAUGAAAAAUUCCCACCCAUUUGGCGGAAAAGUAAUUUUAUUAGGUGGUGAUUUUAGACAGACUUUACCAGUAGUGCCUAAAGGCUCCAAAUUCGAUAUUAUAGAGUCCUGUAUAAAAAAAAUUGCUGAUAUAGAUAGUCUUUCUACUAAAAUAAUAUUAACCACCAAAAAUAAAAUUGCACUUACCCUCAACAACGAUAUUAUUAAUAUAAUUUCAGGCCCUAUCAAACAUUAUUAUAGUGCAGAUUCCAUUGAAAGCGAUAAUAAGGAUGAUAUAAUGAAUUUUCCACUAGAAUUUUUGCAUUCACAAACUCCAUCCGGUAUGCCACCUCACAAGCUAACACUUAAGGUUGGUACAAUUGUUAUGCUAUUACGCAACUUGAGCCCAAAGAAAGGACUUUGUAAUGGUACCCGUUUAAUCAUACGACAUUUACAUAUUAAUUUUAUCGACGCUGAGGUAUUGACAGGCACUAAUAAGGGUUAUCGAGUUUUUCUCCCACGAACAGUUACCAUUACUUUAAAAAGACGACAGUUUCCUAUAAUUCCCGCUUUUGUGAUUACAAUAAAUAAAAGUCAAGGACAAACUUUUGAUCAUGUAGGCUUAUUCCUCCCUGAGCCCGUCUUUGCCCAUGGACAACUAUAUGUGGCUCUUACUAGAUGUAAAUCUCAAAAUAAUAUGAAAAUUAUGAUUUUGCCAUCAGAAUUACAAGGAAAAAUUUUAAAAAAUGAUAAAACAUUCACACAAAAUAUCGUAUAUAAUGAAAUCUUAAAUUCAUAAUUUGUAAGAAAUUUAAAAAAGUCACCAACU